AGCUUCAAAUAUUAAAGAAAUUUGUUAUAAGCAAACAAAUUGUAGAUCAUCAAUGGCAACAUCAUCGUCACAUAGAUGUCUUGCUCUCUUUGCUCUUUUUGCAGUCUCUCUAAAGUUUUGUUAUUGUCAAAACGAAACUAUAGAUGCCGCAGGCUGGGGCAACGCCGGUGUUACUUGGUACGGUGAAGCUGAGGGCGCCGGUAGCACAGGAGGAGCUUGUGGAUAUGGUGCAGCAGUGGCCAAUCCACCGUUUUACGCGAUGGUUUCAGCCGGAGGCCCUUCACUAUUCAACAAUGGUAAUGGAUGUGGAACAUGUUAUCAGAUUAUGUGCACCGAGAAUCCAGCGUGUUCAGGGAGACCAAUAACGGUGACGAUAGCGGACGAGUGCCCCGGUGGUCCUUGCGCCUCCGAGCCAGUCCACUUCGACCUUAGCGGCAAAGCCAUUGGUGCCUUAGCCAAACCUGGUCAAGCCUCUCGACUUCGAGACGCUGGUGUUCUCCGUGUUGGUUACAGACGUGCUCCGUGUUUAUAUAAAGGGACUAGUAUAGCAUUCCGUAUUGAUGCUGGAGCAAAUCCGUUCUACAUUGCAUUUGUUGUGGAAUACGAAAACGGUGACGGAGAUUUGGCCUCCGUUGAGAUUCAACCGGCCGGAGGAGGAUUUAUCUCCAUGCAAGAAAUGAGAUCAGCCGUAUGGAAGGUAAACUCCGGCAGUGCUCUGAGAGGUCCGUUCAGCGUUAGACUUACAUCUCGCGAGUCUCGUAAAGUAAUCACCGCUCAAGCCGUUAUUCCAGCUAAUUGGAGGGCCGACCAGACUUACCGAUCAGUGGUUAACUUUUAGAGUAAAAUAGAUUUCGUUUUGGUCAGGUUGUAGUUCGACUCAUUUCGUCGUCCGCUCUUGUCAAAAUAUAGAGAAUGUUUUUAAUAUGAAAUAAAGGGUCUUAACAA